CGUUCGCGAAUGUUAUGAAGGGACAGUUGAAAUUGAGUCUGACGAUUUUGUGAAAAUGAUCCUGCUGGAUGCGUGCUUCAUCAUUGAGUAUUUCUUGACAUCUGACAAAUCAGAAUUAUCAACAGAUCAUGGCGACUUGAAAGAAUUAAAGGUAUGGCAGACUUCUAGGAUUGAAUUAGACUUGCGCUUACUUGAGAAUCAACUUCCUCUCUUUAUAAUAAAUAAAUUAUAUGAGCCACUUCCACUCAAGUCUCCCUCAAUAUACCCAUCCAGCUUCCUUGAGCUUUCCUUUAAAUUCUUUGGAAAUAUCAACCAACAACAAAAACGUCCUGAUGAUCCAGAUUUAGAAGAAACAAGGCACAUUAUUGAUUUGGCCAGAUACUUUUUCUUGCCUCGUCGCCAAAGUCUGCCAGAAAGAAGUUUUAAUGUAAUUACAGAAAUGUACUCUGCCUCCCAGCUUGCUGAGGCAGGAAUGAAGUUUAGGCCAAGUUCAAGCGCAUCCUUAGUUGACCUAAAAUUGAAUGACAGAGUGUUGGAAAUCCCAAGUUUUCCAUUGACCAAAGGCACGGAGAUUAUUGCUCGGAACCUCAUAGCCUUGGAGCAAUGUCACUAUCAAGAUGAAGCAUAUGUUACUGAUUAUUUUAUCAUGCUAGAUUUCCUUAUCAAUACAGGCAAAGAUGUGGAUUUACUUGUUCAAGAGCGGAUCCUUUUGAAUGAAAUGGGCACCAACAGUAAACCAACUUUACCCAGCAAUUUGUGCACAGGUAUCUUACGUUGGAACACCAAUGCUGAUUAUUAUCGUCUCUCUAGACAAUUGGUGCAUUUCCGUAGAAAGCAUUGGUAUGUAAUUCUGAAGAGUAGCUUGAAACAGGAUUAUUUUCGCACUCCUUGGAUGGGUGCUGCUACCGUUGGUGCUAUUAUCUUGUUGAUUCUCACUCUCAUACAAACUAUAUGUACGAUAUUCAAGUAGAGUGAAGCUGCUUGUGUGUCAAAAGCAUAAGAGAGUGGUUAGCAUGAGCGUGACAAUUAAAAUAAUGAGAGUGAAUCUGUUGUGCGUGUAAGAGUGAAAGCGAUCUCUAGUUAUAAUGUGUUUGUUUUGCUAAU